GAGCCCACAGCGCCCGCCCGCUCGCGGCCGCCCGGGAGCUCGUCCAGCCCCGCGCUCCGCUCGCCCGCGCCCGUCCGCCGGCCGCCUGCGCUCGCCCAACCGCCGCCCGCGCCCGUCCGCCGGCCCCCGCGGCUCCACGGCUCGGUCAGCUCAGAAAGUUCUUUCACAAUGUCGUACAGACGAGAACUAGAGAAAUACCGUGACCUGGAUGAAGAUGAAAUCCUUGGAGCCCUAACAGAAGAGGAGCUAAGGACCCUGGAAAACGAGCUGGAUGAGCUGGACCCUGAUAAUGCACUGCUGCCCGCGGGCCUGAGGCAGAAGGAUCAGACCACCAAGGCGCCCACAGGCCCCUUUAGAAGGGAGGAGCUCUUGGAUCACUUGGAAAAGCAAGCAAAGGAGUUUAAGGACCGAGAAGAUCUGGUCCCCUACACAGGGGAGAAGCGAGGAAAGGUCUGGGUCCCCAAGCAGAAGCCGAUGGACCCCGUGCUGGAAAGUGUGACACUGGAGCCAGAGCUGGAGGAGGCCCUGGCGAAUGCCUCGGAUGCGGAACUCUGUGACAUAGCAGCUAUCCUCGGCAUGCACACGCUCAUGAGCAACCAGCAGUACUACCAGGCCUUGGGCAGCAGCUCCAUCGUGAACAAGGAGGGACUCAACAGUGUGAUCAAACCUACACAGUACAAGCCGGUGCCUGACGAAGAACCAAAUGCCACCGAUGUGGAAGAAACACUGGAGAGGAUAAAGAACAAUGACCCGAAACUUGAAGAGGUCAACCUCAACAACAUCCGGAAUAUCCCCAUACCCACUCUGAAGGCGUAUGCAGAAGCCCUCAAAGAGAACUCGUAUGUGAAGAAGUUCAGCAUCGUGGGAACACGGAGCAGUGACCCUGUGGCAUUUGCCCUUGCCGAAAUGCUCAAGGUGAACAAGGUGUUGAAGACGCUGAAUGUGGAAUCCAACUUCAUUUCCGGAGCCGGGAUCCUGCGCUUAGUGGAAGCACUUCCAUACAACACUUCUCUGGUGGAACUGAAGAUCGAUAACCAGAGCCAGCCUCUGGGCAACAAAGUGGAAAUGGAGAUUGUGAGCAUGUUGGAAAAAAACGCUACGCUCCUCAAAUUCGGCUACCACUUCACCCAGCAGGGACCCCGGCUGCGAGCGUCCAACGCCAUGAUGAACAACAACGACCUUGUGAGGAAGAGGAGGCUGGCAGACUUGACCGGGCCCAUCAUCCCCAAGUGCCGGAGCGGCGUCUAGUGUGUGCGGGUGCCGACCACGCCUUUGAACUGGACGUGUUCCACUGAUAAGCUGUGCUCUGCGGUGGGAACCAGAAGGCAGAAUGCCAGCACAAACCCUGUUGUGGUUCAGUUCUUCAUGCACUAAGGUUUUAGGUUAGCUAGUGGUUGUAGCUGAAAAUUUUAUAAACUAUGGUUAAUGUGAAGUUUUUCUUUAGUCACAGAAAUUCAGUCUGUUUAUUAUUUAAAAACUAAGAAGCCCCUGAACCGCCAGAUCUUACUGAAGACGAUGUUAGUGCAGCAGUGACUUAGCCCCAAAAGUCCAGUUUCAGUGACCUUGGUAUGUGGUGUUUCAGAUAUAUUUAAAAUGUGUAACAGGAACAAACAGCACCCUCUUCCACAUGGUUGAAAAGCAUUAUAAAAUAUUUUAUUACAAACUUGAUCUUAGCUCUUUAACAAACAGCUCAUCAUUCUUAAUCCUCCUUUAAAUUUUAAGAACCUCAAGAUUAAAGUUGCUAAAUUGA